UCUCCGCCAUUGGCAAGAAAGCCUAAACCCCAGGCAGCCCUUCUCUCUUCCGCGCUCGCUCCCUCUAGAAAAACCUCCCAAAAGUUUCUCUCUGCUCUCCAUCCGCAGAUAUGUCGACCAGAGGCCCUGCCCUCUUCUCCGCCAUUGGCAAGAGAGCCACAGACUUGCUUAACAAGGACUACAACACUGACCAGAAGAUAAACAUUACCACCUACACUGAAACUGGACUUGCCCUUAACUCGGGUUUGGCUAAUAGAGGAGGUCUGUCUUCUGGGGAUGUAGCAGCACAAUACAAAUACAAGAAUGUCGCACUCGAUGUCAAAGCUGAUACACAAUCAAAUGUCUCGACAGUGCUCACUGUCACUGACAUCUUGCCUUCUACCAAAACCAUCGCUUCAAUCAAACUCCCUGAUUACAAAUCUGGCAAGUUGGAAGUCAGUAGUCUUUAUGAACAUGCAUCCUUCACAACCGCUGUUGGACUGAACGAGUCCCCUGCUGUGGACUUUUCGGCAACCAUUGGUACCCCGGCCAUUGCCUUUGGAGCAGAAGCUAGUUUCUUGACAGGUUCCAGAGUGUUUUCUAAGUACAAUGCCGGUGUCAGCUUUACACAGCACGAUUCAACAGCUUCUGUGAUUCUGGCUGACAAAGGAGAUUCACUACGGGCGUCAUACUUGCAUCAACUGAGCAGGCUGAAUGGGGGAGCUGUAGUUGGAGAGGUGAACAGAAAGUUCUCCACGAAUGAGAACACGCUAACGGUCGGAGGUUCAUACGUGGUUGACUCUGAGACGGUUGUGAAGGCGAGGCUCAACAACCACGGCAAUCUUGGGGCUCUUUUACAGCACCAGCUCACACCCAAAUCUUCACUUACACUCUCUGCAGCCUUCGACACCAAGGCAUUAGAGAGGAAUCCGAACUUGGGGUUGGCGCUCUCCCUCAAGCCCUAAACAGUUCUAAGAAUUUUGCCAAUGAAAUUUCACAAUGGUUUCACGAGAAAAAACUUGUGUAAACAGUGAUAUGUCAACGUAAUGAGUACUCAUACGGGUAUGAUAUCCACACAUCUCAUUUUACUUCUCACACACCUUUUUAAUUUUCGGCCGUCAGAUCGGAUGAAUUGAAGAAGAUCAACGGACAUAAAUUAUCAAGGAAUGUGUGAGAAGUAAAAUAGGGUAUGUAGAUAGCACACCCUGUACUCAUAUCUCGAGUACUAUAAGGCGACAGCAAUUUAUUCCUUGUUACAUUACGAAUCGUUCGUGUUUCUCUAAUUAGUCUUUAAACUUUCUUCAA